UAUAGAGAGCUAGAUACACCAGCAGCAACUCAGCUUAGAUGAGUAGUUGAGCUGUUGAUGUACUUUGAGAAGUGGUGGUGAAGGGAUGUGAGCCUGUCGACUGCUGCCCCCGUGUCUUGGUCGCGCUCAGACACAGUUCUUUCUAUGAUCCUGUCUCUAUCAUGCUUCAUCCACACAUACACAUGCCUCAAGUAUUCCCUGGGACGAUAUAGUUCCCCUACUUACCGAUUGAUGCACUCAAGCAGCGAAUUGUGACUGUGGUUCGAGAAGUUUCCGCCGAGCUCGAUUGAAACGUCAUCCAGGCACCAGACCAACUACCUACUCAAACACCUCCAUUGACACACAGCAGCCAUGUUUGCAAGCUCAUCUCGACUCUGUACAAGGUCGCUUAAGCAAGCAGUAGCACCCACGACACUUCUCUCUGCAUUCAAACCACAAAAACAACACACAAAGCGAUUCCUCAACCAAGUCGCCACAUCGCGACCACUCGUACAAGGCGCCGCGCCGCCUGAUUAUCGCCGUUUAGGACUUUCUGCACUCGCUGUAGGUGGAACACUCUUUGGUACACAUUUCCUGUUGAAUCGAGAAACGCGUGAUGCGUUGCAUCCGUAUGAAGCUGGGUAUCUCAACGAAACAUUCACGUAUACCGGUGCUGGGUUAGCGCUCACGGCUGUCUUGGCAAAAGGACUGCAUAAUGCUGGCUGGUCAGCGCGUAUGAUGGCCAUGAAUCCCUGGAUGGUCAUGGGUGUGGGUCUCGUUGGUAGUAUUGGGAGUAUGAUGGGUGUGAUGAAUACAGACCCCGAACACAGUAAAGUCCUCAAACACGCAUGUUGGGUCACUUUCCAAGGUAUGCAAGCAGCAACACUCGCGCCUUUGUUCUUCAUGAAUCCUGCAAUCUUGGCGCGCGCAGGAUUAUACACAGUGGGUAUCGUCGGCAGCCUUAGCUAUAUCGGCGCUACUGCAAAAUCAGACCAAUACCUGUACCUCGGUGGUCCACUCCUUGCCGGCGUCGUGGUUGUUGCCCUUGCUGGACUCGCGCCAAUGGUCUUACCUGCUCGUCUGACUGCUCGUGCACUCGCACCACUCGAAGCAGUCAGCUUGUAUGGUGGCUUGGCAGUCUUCUCUGGUUUCGUGCUAUAUGAUACGCAAAAGAUCCUUGCCCGUGCACGAAUGGCACAGGCUGGUAGGAUGAAGCGUGAUACAUGCAGGGAGAGUGUGUCGCUCGAAUUGGACUGCAUCAACAUCUUUGUUAGGUUGGUGAGUAUUCUUGGUGGACAAGGAAACAACAGGCGACACUAGGCGUUGGCUACUAUCUUCGGUAUUGGUUGGCAAACUGCUUGAUGGAAGAUGAUGCACUGUUUAUAGCGACCAGUUUACAAGCAUAUUCAUAGAACAAAGAUCUCUCCUUUCAUCGCCUUCUCUCUAGCAGAUCUGCGAUUCCUGAGACUUAGCCUUACCUAACCCGUCAUUGGGUCAUCAGGCACUGACAGACGGCGCCGUUUGAGGCGGAAGCUGUGGAAUGGCUCAAAUCACACGGCCACUCGUAAAAUCGGAAAUUUGUCACUCAUGAAAUCGGAGAUUUGUCAACUCAGGGGUAAUUCGCCAAUAGCUCAACUGCAAAUGCUUGCAUUUUUGCAACCUCGGAAAUUAGAAGCAGGUCUCCUACCGUAAACAACGGGUGGCCACGUUCGCUUAAAGGGCGACACUACGCAUCUUGUCC